ACUUUCUCUCUCUAUCUCUCACUUUCUCUCUCUAUCUCUAUCUCUAUCUCUCUCUUUAUCCCUGCUGAAAAACAGCUUCUUCUCUGUGAUUGAUUCCUCUUUCUCUCCCCCCACUUCGGCUUUUUGCCGGGUUUUGAAUCAAAUGUGAUGGGAAACGGUAUAUCGCAGCUCUUCCCCUGUUUUAAUCCGGCGACUCACCGGUCGGGAAACAACAACACCGGUCAGCCGGAGCUUAUCUUCACUGCUUCCGAUUCACUCGACGAAACCCUAGGUCACUCCUUCUGUUACGUCCGUUCAUCAGCUCGAUUCAUCUCACCCACCCCUUCCGAUCGAUUCGUUUCCCCAUCAAACUCUCUCCGUUUCUCUCCAUCUCACGAGGCUUCUUCAGCUGCAGUCAAAUCAGCAUUCAAAGCCAUAUCAGGUGCGUCGGUAAGUGCAAACACUUGGACUCCUAGAACAGUUUCACUUGUAGACAGUAUUUACGACGAUGCCACUGAAGGCGUGAAGUCCACCAUCGGGAAUGGAUUCGAGAGUACUUCCUCAUUCUGUUCCUUGCCUCUUCAGCCUGUUCCUCGUGGUGGGGAGCAGUCGGGUCAGAUUGAAAGGGCGUUCUUUAUGUCGGGUCCGAUUGAACGUGGUGCUUUAUCUGGUCCUUUAGAAGGAACUGGUGGAAAUGACGGUGGUGGUCGUGUUCCUUUCUCGGCGCCGUUAGGUGGAACUUAUGGGAAGAAAAAGAAAAGGAAAGGCAUUCCUAGAAUUGGUAAGUCUUUAUACAGGAAUUUCUCGGAGAGGAAACGGCCUUGGGUUGUGCCUGUAAGGAAUUUAGUUAGCAGGAAAGAGGUAUCCUCAACUGGGGAUGGAGUUGAAUCGGAGAUUCGAAAUGAGAGUAAUGUUCAAUGGGCUCUGGGUAAGGCUGGUGAGGAUCGUGUUCAUGUGGUCAUAUCAGAAGAACAUGGAUGGCUGUUUGUUGGGAUUUAUGAUGGGUUUAAUGGUCCUGAUGCGCCUGAAUUCCUCAUGGGUAAUCUGUAUAAAGCUGUGUAUAAAGAAUUAGAAGGAUUAUUCUGGGAUUCUGAAGGAGGAGAAAACACAACUGAGGAUCUGAAUCCGAUCAAUCCGAUCAAUCAGGUCAAUCAGGUCACAGAGAACGAUUGUGAAGAGAUUUCUAAUUGUAAGGAAGAACGAGGAUCGGUCAAGAAAGUAACAUUUCAAUCUGAACAGCCGGAGUUUCGAAGGAGGAGACUAUGGGAGCUUCUAGCUGAAGAUGAUACAGAAGAAGGGCUUGAUCUCUCCGGCUCAGACAGAUUUGCUUUCUCAGUUGAUGAAGCACUCAGAGUAAACAAUUCUGUUUCGGGUGGUAACAGACGAUCAUUAUUACUAUCUAAACUAAAACAUGGAUUGAUCAAGCAUACAGAAGGAAAUAGAUUAUUCCCAUGGAAAUCAUGGUCAGAAGCGAAGGAGAAAAGAGAAAUUGAUAAUAGAGUUGAGGACAGAAAUUGCACGAGUGGGAAGAAGCGUACAGUUGGUCCUAUUGAUCAUGAAUCCGUGUUGAGUUCAAUCUCUCGGGCUCUUGAAGCUACAGAGCUGUCGUUUUUGGAUAUGACAGAUAAGUUUCUCGAUACAAAUCCCGAGCUUGCAUUGAUGGGUUCGUGUCUUCUUGUGGUGCUGAUGCGAGAUGAAGAUGUGUAUGUCAUGAAUGUUGGGGAUAGUCGUGCUAUUGUAGCGCAAUCUGAGGUCCAAGAAGAUGCAAUUAUUACAGCAGAGUCAGUGGGGGAAGAGGAUAGUAACUCGAAUAUGGAGGAUAUAGUUGAGGAGUCUAACCAUAACCUUGAGAAGUCAACUAAACGCGUGACUGAGUGUUCAUCAGCUCUCCCUGCAAGGUUAACUGCAUUGCAGUUAUCGACUGAUCACAGCACGAGUAUUGAAGAUGAAGUAAUAAGAAUAAAGAAAGAACACCCAGAUGACAGCAACUGCAUUGUGAACGACAGGGUAAAAGGGCGUCUUAAAGUUACCCGAGCCUUUGGGGCUGGAUCUCUUAAACAGGCGAAGUUGAAUGAUGCUCUGUUGGAGAUGUUUAGAAACGAGUAUAUCGGUUCUGCUCCAUAUAUAUCGUGUUCUCCAUCCCUUUGUCAUCACAGGCUUUGUCCAAGGGAUCAGUUUAUUAUCCUCUCUUCUGAUGGACUAUACCAAUACCUAACUAAUCAAGAAGUUGUAACUGUUGUCGAGAGUUUCAUGGAGAAGUUUCCGGAUGGAGACCCUGCCCAGCACCUAAUUGAGGAACUUCUUGUUCGAGCUGCAAAGAAAGCUGGAAUGGAUUUUCAUGAAUUGCUCGAUAUCCCACAAGGAGACAGAAGAAAAUACCAUGAUGAUGUAACGGUUAUGGUUAUAUCACUCGAGGGAAGAAUUUGGAAAUCAUCUGGAAAAUAUGUUUGAAAAUUUGGAAGAACGAUCAUAGUCGACAUUCUUUUAUGGGUUGGGCAUGGCUAAGAGAGUAACUAUUUUGAACUCGGUUCUCGGGGGGAUUGGAUUGGAUGGGUAUACAGUUUAAAUUGGGAAAAAAAAAGACAAUUGGUUAGAUUAUUGGCAUUCUUCUGAAUGCUGGAAACAUAGGAGGUUUGAAAAAGAAAUUUUUGUAGGAGGUUUGGUUCUUUCUUUUUUUUGUUCUUUGGGGGAGUAAAUCAUUUUCUAUUUCUUUU